CAACAUUGAAAUAGUGUUCCUAGUCUGUAAAAGUCAAAACCAAAUGUUGUUACUUGUUUUCGCCCAUUGAUUCCGCUUAACUAUUUUGUAUUUUACAAAUAAACUGAUUCAUGAAAAGUUAUCAAUAUGAAUCAGACAAUAAAUGUGGAUCAACUUAACUCUGCACUAACAUCGCUUAGAACGCUACGGUCUAGUGUAAGCCAUGUCUUUGAAACGCUUUCAAACGGUCUUCGAGCUGAUCACGGUGAAGAUGGUAAAGACAAAUUUCUAUCCGAGCUCCAAGAACUUCUCAAUAAUGUUAAUAUAAAUGUACGAGAUUUAGAACAAACUGUAAACAGCUUGCCAAUACCUACCGCACCUUUUAAUUUAGGCAAUACGACAUUUUUAAGUCAAGACACGACGCAAGAUCGGCAAGCUUUGUAUACUCAAUUGGUCAAUAGUUACAAAUGGACAGACAAAAUACAUGAGUACAGUUCUUUCGCAUACACGUUAUUAAAUCAAAACUCUCUUAAAAGAUCAAACAUUAACUCCGCCACAAAAAGACGAGGUAAAAUGCAAAGUAAUCAUAAUGUUGCUCCCUUACAAGUAGACAAUGUAAUAAAUAAUAUUGGUAGAUCAUACAACGACAUGAAGAUAACUAUAUCACGCCCAUUUGCUAGCAAUGCUGUUGUACAAAUUAAUUUAAGCCAUGUCCUUAAAGCAGUAGUAGCUUUUAAAGGACUCCUAAUGGAGUGGGUGAUGGUAAAGGGCUAUGGAGAAACCUUAGAUUUAUGGACAGAAUCAAGACAUAAUGUUUUUCGUAAAGUAACUGAAAAUGCCCAUGCAGCUAUGUUACAUUUUUACUCUCCAAUGAUACCAGAGUUAGCAGUUCGCUCUUUUAUGACUUGGCUGCAUAGUUAUGUAAACUUGUUUAGUGAUCCAUGUAAGAGAUGCGGGUGCCAUCUUCACCACACAUCAAUGCUUCCCCCAGCAUGGCGUGAUUUUCGCUCACUUGAACCAUUCCAUGAUGAAUGCAAACAAUAGUCUAUGUGGUAUUGAAUGAGAAAGUGGAAUGCAUACCCGUGUUAUGUUUACUUUCUCAUUCAAUACAGAAACUGAAAUAGUAGAUUAUUGUUAGAUUAUAAUUUCAGUUUAUAAAAUACCUGUUUCACUGCACAUAUUUUUAAUUUAAGACAAAUCUACAUUUAUUUCCUAUACAAUAUUAAAAUAUUAUGUAAUAAAGUUUAAAGAUAUGUAUUAUUGUGAUUUGCUUAUAACAUCUCUAGAAAAACUUCAAUUUUAUUUUCCAGCUUCUUAAAAAUUCAUUAAUAAAAUUGUAAUAUAAACUCAUAAAAAUUUCAACUUGGUAUAUCUUCAAUGUACUUACAAGUUGUAUGCUUCUUAAUUAAAAUUAGGCUCUCUCAUUUGUUAUUCUAAAUAUAGCUUUAUUGGGUAGAUUACCACAUAAUAACUAAUAAACUUGGCAUGAUAUAAACAGUUAGAGAUUAUCAAUAAAUAAUAAGCAAAAUAACUUUUGUGUAUAUAAUUAAAAAUUUAUUUAUUAAUAAAUGUAUUUUAUUUUG